AUGAGGCCAGGUAUCCGCCUGGUCCAUCCCACAGACCUAUGCCCCGCCGUGACGACCGGGACGGCCGCAUGUACGACGAUCGUUCGCCAUCCCGAUCGCGCUCGCCUGGCGAUCUCUCACGCUCGCCUCCCCGUGGGCCCGCGGCGGACAGAAGACCCGAUUAUUCCAGAGACCGAGUCGACUCCAGACCCCGUUACCGCAGUCGGGAUCGCGAUGACUUUCGACGGCGCUCGUCGCGCUCCCCUCCUCCAAGGCGAGGAAGACCAGCCUAUAGGGAUCGCGACCGCGAGGGCUAUUGCUCUCCGGGAUACCACAGUCGGAGCCGAAGCUACAGUCGCAGCCGCAGUCCUCGCCGCAACCGACAACCGCAUUACGGACAUGAAAGUAGAGAGGUGA